UAAAUGUCAAUAAGAAGUGUGCUUUAAAUUAUAGAAAAAUGUGCUGGAAAUGUGAAGCUGUUAUUACGUGUCUCCUGGCAGGACUUUUUGUCAUCUUCUUCUCAGUAGGACUUCUUCGAUAUGUUUUUGAGGUUAGCACUCUUGAUAUUCUCCUUCUAUCACCUAUGGUUCUGGCUUUAGCAUUUGAAGUGGCUAUAAGUAUAAUGUGCGAUAUGGAGGACAUUUUGAUGGGCAUUAUGGUCAUUAUCGUGGUUGGAUUUCAUAUUUACAACACAACUGGAACUUUCUCAAAAAGUCCUUGAAAAUGCUCAUCAUUUUUUAUACAGUUGCAAAAUAUACAAUUGUUUUUGUACAUCAAUA